GUCAAAGUUUGAAGCCAACAGAUGAGAAACAGAUCUGUGAACAUCCCGAAGCCAUCUGAAAGAGAUCCCGUAUAACUAUGGAGUGAAGAUCGAAAGGUUUACAACACAAGACAUGGCUCGGUCAACUGAGAUUGGAUUCUGCUUUACCUUACUGCUUGCGUGGAGCCUGUGUGCAGCGCCGGAUAAGAAAGUUUGUCAGGGAGCCAAUAACAAACUGGCUCUUCUGGGUACGGUGGAUGAUCACUACCAGAUUUUAGUGAAGAUGUACAGCAACUGCACAGUGAUACUGGAAAACCUGGAGAUCACGUACCUGACAGAGAAACAUGACUUGUCUUUCCUUAAGAGCAUUCAAGAAGUUGGUGGCUAUGUUCUAAUAGCUGUCAACACAGCACCCAGCAUCCCUCUUGAGAACCUUCGCAUUAUCCGUGGCCACACCCUUUAUGAGGACAAAUACGCACUAGCUGUCCUAUUAAAUUUCAACCAGAGCACUGGACAAGGCGUGAACCAAUUGCCUCUGACUAGCUUAACUGAAAUACUGAAGGGUGGAGUAAAAUUUGCCAGUAACAGUCAUUUAUGUAAUGUGGAGACCAUCAAAUGGAUUGACAUUCUCAACAUGAAGAGUCUUCCUAUAAAUCAACUGCCAGUACCCAGUAAUGAUAGACGCUGUAUGAAGUGUGAGCCGAGCUGUAAUGGUUCCUGUUGGGCUCCAGGCCCCCAACACUGUCAAACACUGACUAAAGUGAUCUGUGCAGAGCAGUGCUCUGGGAGAUGUAAGGGACCUAAACCUGAUGACUGCUGUAAUGAGCAUUGUGCUGCAGGCUGCACUGGACCCAAACCAACCAACUGUCUGGCCUGUAAAGACUUCCAGGAUGAUGGGACGUGUAAGGAUGCAUGUCCACGGCUGAUGCUAUACGAUCCUAAUACCCACCAGAUCACUCCAAACCCUAAUGGGAAAUAUAGCUUUGGUGCAAGGUGUAUCGAGAAAUGCCCACACAACUAUGCAGUGACUGACCACGGGGCAUGUGUGAGGACAUGCAGUGCUGGCACCUUUGAAGUGGAUGAGGGCGGAGUUCGGAAAUGUAAGAAGCGUGAAGGCCUCCGUCAAAAAGCUUGUCAGGGAGCCAAUAACAAACUGGCUCUUCUGGGUACGGUGGAUGAUCACUACCAGAUUUUAGUGAAUAUGUACAGCAACUGCACAGUGAUACUGGAAAACCUGGAGAUCACGUACCUGACAGAGAAACAUGACUUGUCUUUCCUUAAGAGCAUUCAAGAAGUUGGUGGCUAUGUUCUAAUAGCUGUCAACACAGCUCCCAGCAUCCCUCUUGAGAACCUUCGCAUUAUCCAUGGCCACACCCUUUAUGAGGACAAAUACGCGCUAGCUGUCCUAUUAAAUUUCAACCAGAGCACUGGACAAGGCGUAAACCAAUUGCCUAUGACUAGCUUAUCUGAAAUACUGAAGGGUGGAGUAAAAUUUGCCAGUAACAGUCAUUUAUGUAACGUGGAGACCAUCAAGUGGACUGACAUUCUCAACAUGAAGAGUCUUCCUAUAAAUCAACUGCCAGUACCCAGUAAUGAUAGACGCUGUAUGAAGUGUGACCCGAGCUGUAAUGGUUCCUGUUGGGCUCCAGGCCCUCGAUACUGUCAAACAAACAACUAUGUCGUGACUGACCACGGGGCAUGUGUGAGGACAUGCAGUGCUGGCACCUUUGAGGUGGAUGAGGGCGGAGUUCGGAAAUUUUGUCAGGGAGCCAAUAACAAACUGGCUCUUCUGGGUACAGUGGAUGAUCACUACCAGAUUUUAGUGAAGAUGUACAGCAACUGCACAGUGAUACUGGAAAACCUGGAGAUCACGUACCUGACAGAGAAACAUGACUUGUCUUUCCUUAAGAGCAUUCAAGAAGUUGGUGGCUAUGUUCUAAUAGCUGUCAACACAGCUCCCAGCAUCCCUCUUGAGAACCUUCGUAUUAUCCGUGGCCACACCCUUUAUGAGGAAAAAUACGCGCUAGCUGUCCUAUUAAAUUUCAACCAGAGCACUGGACAAGGCGUGAACCAAUUGCCUCUGACUAGCUUAACCGAAAUACUGAAGGGUGGAGUAAAAUUUGCCAGUAACAGUCAUUUAUGUAACGUGGAGACCAUCCAGUGGACUGACAUUCUCAACAUGAAGAGUCUUCCUAAAACUCAACUGCCAGUACCCAGUAAUGAUAGACGCUGUAUGAAGUGUGACCCGAGCUGUAAUGGUUCCUGUUGGGCUCCAGGCCCUCGAUUCUGUCAAACAAUGACUAAAGUGAUCUGUGCAGAGCAGUGCUCUGGGAGAUGUAAGGGACCUAAACCUGAUGACUGCUGUGAUGAGCGUUGUGCUGCAGGCUGCACUGGACCCAAACCAACCAACUGUCUGGCCUGUAAAGACUUCCAGGAUGAAGGGACGUGUAAGGAUGCAUGUCCACGGCUGAUGCUAUACGAUCCUAAUACCCACCAGAUCACUCCAAACCCUAAUGGGAAAUAUAGCUUUGGGGCAAGGUGUAUCGAGAAAUGCCCACACAAAUAUGUCGUGACUGACCACGGGGCAUGUGUGAGGAAAUGCAGUGCUGGCACCUUUGAAGUGGAUGAGGGCGGAGUUCGGAAAUAUUGUCAGGGAGCCAAUAACAAACUGGCUCUUCUGGGUACGGUGGAUGAUCACUACCAGAUUUUAGUGAAGAUGUACAGCAACUGCACAGUGAUACUGGAAAACCUGGAGAUCACGUACCUGACAGAGAAACAUGACUUGUCUUUCCUUAAGAGCAUUCAAGAAGUUGGUGGCUAUGUUCUAAUAGCUGUCAACACAGCUCCCAGCAUCCCUCUUGAGAACCUUCGCAUUAUCCGUGGCCACACCCUUUAUGAGGACAAAUACGCGCUAGCUGUCCUAUUAAAUUUCAACCAGAGCACUGGACAAGGCGUGAACCAAUUGCCUCUGACUAGCUUAACCGAAAUACUGAAGGGUGGAGUAAAAUUUGCCAGUAACAGUCAUUUAUGUAACGUGGAGACCAUCAAGUGGACUGACAUUCUCAACAUGAAGAGUCUUCCUAAAACUCAACUGCCAGUACCCAGUAAUGAUAGACGCUGUAUGAAGUGUGAGCCGAGCUGUAAUGGUUCCUGUUGGGCUCCAGGCCCUCAAUACUGUCAAACACUGACUAAAGUGAUCUGUGCAGAGCAGUGCUCUGGGAGAUGUAAGGGACCUAAACCUGAUGACUGCUGUAAUGAGCAUUGUGCUGCAGGCUGCACUGGACCCAAACCAACCAACUGUCUGGCCUGUAAAGACUUCCAGGAUGAUGGGACGUGUAAGGAUGCAUGUCCACGGCUGAUGCUAUACGAUCCUAAUACCCACCAGAUUGCUCCAAACCCUAAUGGGAAAUAUAGCUUUGGGGCAACGUGUAUCGAGAAAUGCCCACACAACUAUGUCGUGACUGACCACGGGGCAUGUGUGAGGACAUGCAGUGCUGGCACCUUUGAGGUGGAUGAGGGCGGAGUUCGGAAAUGUAAGAAGUGUGAAGGCCUCUGUCCAAAAGUGUGCAAUGGCCUGGGAAUGGGACCUCUGACCCAUGUCCUGUCAAUCAAUGCCAGCAACAUCGACUCGUUUGAGAACUGCACAAAAAUCGACGGAGGUGUUGCAAUACUCAGCACGACUUUCGAAGGUGACCAACAUACUAAAACUCCACAAAUGGACCCUGCCAAGCUUUCGGUAUUCCAAACUGUUAAAGAAAUCACUGGCUAUUUGUUGAUUCAGUCGUGGCCUGAAAACAUGUCGUCCCUCAGCCCAUUUGAAAACCUGGAGGUUGUACGUGGACGAAUGAAAACGCAUGGCGCGUACAGCUUUGCUGUUACCAAAACCUCCAUCACAUACCUGGGUCUGCAGUCUCUGCAGGAAAUCAGUGAUGGUGAAGUGGUCAUUUCAAAAAACGAGAACCUCUGCUACACCAGCUCUAACUGGAGCCGUCUCUUUAAAUCCACAUCUCAGAAAGUGAGGGUGUCAUCAAAUUCUGAUGCUGCCUCUUGUGCAAAUCUAAACCACACAUGUGAUGAGAUGUGCACAGCUGAAGGCUGCUGGGGUCCAGGUCCCACUAUGUGCUUUAACUGUAAGAACCACAGUCGUAAAAAACGUUGUGUAAUCUCCUGCAACCUGCUUGCUAAUGAGCCGCGAGAAUAUGAGGUCAAUAAAACAUGCGUUGAGUGUGAUCCUGAGUGUCUGCUAAUGAAUGAGACGUUGACCUGCACUGGACCUGGACCUGACAGUUGUACAGCGUGUGCAAACUACAAAGACGGACCGCACUGCGUACCGCGUUGCCCGCAAGGCGUACCAGGAGAGAAAGACACACUCAUUUGGAAAUAUGCUGACAAGAUGCAAGUAUGCCAGCCCUGUCAUGUGAACUGCACCCAAGGAUGUACUGGGCCUGAUCUGACAGACUGCAAAGAUUUAAAAAGUUCGGGAUUGUCCAUGAUUGCCGCUGGUGUAGUUGGAGGUCUGCUGGCUGUUGUUAUCCUGGGAUUAGGAGUAACUGUUGUUGUGCGCAGACGCCAUAUCAGGAGGAAGAGAACUUUACGCCGACUUUUGCAAGAAAGAGAGCUCGUGGAGCCUCUGACCCCCAGUGGAGAAGCUCCUAACCAGGCCUUGCUGCGCAUCCUCAAAGAGACGGAGUUUAAGAAGAUCAAAGUGCUUGGGUCCGGAGCCUUCGGGACUGUGUAUAAGGGCUUGUGGGUUCCAGAGGGAGAGAAUGUGAAGAUCCCUGUUGCCAUUAAGGUCUUGCGAGAGGCCACGUCUCCUAAAGCAAACAAAGAGAUCUUGGACGAAGCCUAUGUGAUGGCCAGCGUCGAGCAUCCUCACGUGUGUCGCCUGCUCGGCAUCUGUCUUACCUCCACAGUCCAGCUCAUCACCCAGCUGAUGCCGUACGGCUGUUUGCUGGACUACGUCAGAGAAAACAAGGACAACAUCGGCUCGCAACACCUGCUCAACUGGUGUGUGCAGAUUGCUAAGGGAAUGAACUAUUUAGAAGAGCGCCAUCUUGUGCAUAGGGACCUGGCAGCCCGUAAUGUUCUGGUGAAGACCCCUCAACAUGUGAAGAUCACUGAUUUUGGCUUGGCCAAGCUGUUAAAUGCAGAUGAGAAGGAAUAUCACGCAGAUGGUGGAAAGGUGCCAAUUAAAUGGAUGGCACUUGAAUCCAUUCUACACAGGACAUAUACCCACCAGAGUGACGUCUGGAGCUUUGGUGUGACAGUCUGGGAGCUGAUGACUUUUGGAACAAAGCCCUAUGAUGGUAUUCCUGCUAGUGAGAUUGCAGAAGUGCUGGAGAAAGGAGAAAGACUUCCACAGCCUCCAAUCUGCACCAUUGAUGUCUACAUGAUCAUGGUGAAAUGCUGGAUGAUCGAUGCAGAAAGCAGACCUCGCUUCAGGGAGCUCAUCGCAGAGUUCUCCAAAAUGGCACGUGACCCCUCGCGCUAUCUUGUCAUUCAGGGUGAUGAUAGGAUGCACUUACCCAGUCCUUCUGACACGAAGAUCUACCGCAGUCAAGUGAGCGGAGAUCUGGAUGAAGCUCUGGAUGUAGACAAGUACUUAAUGCCCAGUCACAGUUUCUUCAGCAGCCCGAGCACCUCUCGCACACAGCUCCUACAAUCUGUGAGUCUCAACAGCAGCAUUGGAAACUGUCAGAGCAGAAACGGGAAUGGCACUCCGGCAAGAGAGAACAGCCUGGUCCUGCGCUACAUCCCAGACCCGACAGAACAGUUUCUGGAGGAAGACUUUCAGCCUGCUCCAGAAUACAUGAACCAAAAUGGCUCACUGAUGUCUAACAUGACCAACCCAAUAUACCAGCACCCAGGACCCCCUCGCACAUUUACGCACUCUACAUCACCACUAGACGAAACGGAGGAAGAAUAUCUCAACUGCUUCAAGAGCCCCAUUCCUGCUACCGCACCCGAGUAUCUGAACACCUCUCAUACCCAGCUCCUCUCCUUCUUGAGCACACAUGGCUUCAACCCACAAAGCAGCAUGGACAACCCUGACUACCAGCAGGACUUCUGUCCUCUGGAACUUAAACCACACACCAACGGUCACCUGCCGGCAGCAGAAAACGCUGAAUACAUGGGGCUGGAAGUGCACUAGCACAUUAUGGAGAAGAGGGAGGGACUGUUAAAAUGAGCCACUUUAGAUAAAAGAUGGAAGGACAUCUAUUUAUAGCAGAAGUACAGGCAGUUAGACUGCUGAGCUGUUGAACUGUGGUUUGUGCACCAUCGGGGGACAGAACAAGCUUUGGAUUACCUUGGCUGUCUUUCAGAUACGCUUGAUUCUUUCUGAGCUAGACUUAGAUCCUAAUGUGGCUGCACUGGACAAGUGUGGCCCAGGAUACGACAACAGGAUUGAAUCCCACGUUGAUGCCAGUAAAAAUCCUGAAACUACAAUGGAACAAGAAGCUUGCUGACACCUCGUCCUGAAGAUGACUGAUUGCAGUUGUCAUCAUCCUUUCUCUUUUAUGCAAACUAAAUACACUUUACGCCAGUGUACUGAGCUCAAAUGUGUUUGUUAAAAAAUACAUUGUUUUAAAUAUGCGUAAGCUGAACUCAGGGGCUUUAAAGCCUCUCUGCUGUGAAUAAAAAGAAAAAAAAAUGAUGUUGUAAAAUAUAAAAGACUUAACUUUCACUUUUGCUGGAAAUGUUGGCUUUAUGGACAGGGUCAUUGUUAAUAUUCACAAAACUGGGAUAAAAUUAUAAAUGUAUGUGGACAACAGUUUAAAGGUGCAUUACGCAAGCCCCUUUCAAUGUCCUAUUUGCCCUACCUUCCUGUGAACGGUUGGAGUCAGCCAACAUAUGAUUGGUACAUGUACAGAACUGUAAUAUAUGGCUGACAUUUACAUCUAACAGAUUAUUUUAUCCUCAUAAUAAAACAUCUACAUUGUCACUCA